UUAUUUAUUAUUUUGUAUUUGGAAAUACGUCGUCACAGAAAAAUGGGGUUGUUAUCCUCAGUUUCUGCUUGCUACCGUUGUGGCUGUUAUUACGACCCUGGGACUGUUCGGCCGCUGAAUUUAGAUCGACGUUUGGUUAAUGAUAUCAGGAAAAGAAACAGUUGGCCAAGGAAAGCGCUAUCAUAUUCUAAUUGCCUCCUUAUUUCUCAAUAUAAUCAUACGCAAACCACCAACGCACCCGAAUCCACACAAUAAGUCCAUUCAUUUUGGUGCCAAUUGCACUGGCAGUAGCGGUAGUGAGACCACCGAGCUCGAAGAUUCGUCUGACAUCGUUGAUUGUGUGGGAACAGGGCAAGACGACGUAGAGUGCGUGGUCACAGCCGAAGAAACUGGUGGUCCUGGAUUGGAACUGGAAUUACUAGAACAAGUGCAAGAAUGGGCAGUACUGGUCUCUCCCUUCUUCUUUUGGGGCACGGCUAUGGUGGCCAUGAAGGGGAUUCUGCCAAAGACCGGCCCUUUCUUCAUCUCAGCCUUCCGUCUAAUUCCUGCUGGCUUUCUCCUCGUUGCCUUCGCCGCCUACAGAGGCCGCCCCUUUCCCUCUGGCCUCACCGCUUGGCUUUCUAUUGCACUUUUCGGCCUCGUUGAUGCUGCUUGUUUUCAAGGAUUUCUUGCUCAAGGUUUGCAGAGGACAUCUGCUGGUCUUGGCAGCGUUAUAAUUGAUUCACAACCUUUGACAGUCGCUAUACUUGCGGCCUUGUUAUUUGGUGAGUCCAUUGGCUUCCUUGGAGCUGCAGGGCUUGUUCUUGGCGUCAUUGGACUUUUACUUCUUGAGGCACCUUCACUUGCUUUGGAUGGAAGUAACUCUUCAUUGUGGCAAAGUGGGGAGUGGUGGAUGCUUCUCUCAGCUCAGAGCAUGGCGGUUGGUACAGUAAUGGUGCGUUGGGUUUCCAAAUACUCUGAUCCUAUUAUGGCAACUGGAUGGCAUAUGGUUAUUGGAGGCCUGCCUCUUGUUAUAAUCUCCAUUCUUAAUCAUGACAAUGCUGUCAGCGGGAGUCUCAUCGAGUUCACAGCAAAUGAUACAUUGGCACUCUUUUAUACAUCCAUUUUUGGAAGUGCCAUCAGCUAUGGUGUAUACUUCUACAGUGCAACAAAAGGUAGCCUGACAAAGCUCAGCUCCCUCACCUUUCUAACCCCAAUGUUUGCUUCCAUAUUUGGGUUUCUAUAUCUUGGUGAGACCUUCUCACCCUUGCAACUGGGUGGAGCCAUGAUUACUAUUGUUGGAAUAUACUUGGUUAACUACAAAACCAUUGUUGAAUGAAGAAUAAUCAACAUGUCUAUAGGCUGGAUCAGGAACUUGUUAACAAUAAUGUACCAAUAGAAGGGGAAGUACAAAAAUCUGGAGAGCUAGCCAUUCAUUUACAAGUUUUACAAUAAAGAAAGCUCAUUAGAUUGUUGCAAUGAUAUUCUUGGAAAUAAUAUUGGUUUAAUA